UUUCUAGAGUAAUGCUGCAAUCACCUGUUUUAUAUGUUUGCAGAAAGAUUUGAUAAAGAAAUAGGCAGUAAGUAUGGAAUUGUGCCUGGCUCUCGUGAGAAUUCUCUUUACAAUGCUCUCUGGGUUGCACAAGCCCUUCUCCGUAAAGGAUCUGCAAAAACUGCUGAUAAACGCAUGCUCUUGUUUACAAAUGAAGAUGAUCCUUUUGGAAAUCUCAAAGGUGUCAUAAAAGUGGAUAUGAUGAGGACAACACUGCAGCGUGCCAAAGAUGCUCAAGAUCUUGGUAUUGCAAUUGAGCUUCUUCCACUAAGUCGACCAGAUGAUGAGUUCAAUGUUUCCCUUUUCUAUACUGAUUUACUUGGUUUGGAGGGUGAUGACCUUGCUCAGUUCAAGGCUCUUGUAGGAGAGAGGUUUGAAGAUCUGAAAGACCAGCUAAGAAAACGCAUGUUUAAGAAGCGCAGAGUUCGAAGACUUAGAUUUGUGAUUUUUAAUGGAUUAUCUAUUGAACUUAACACCUAUGCUUUGAUCCGUCCAACUAAUCCUGGGACAAUAACUUGGCUUGACUCGAUGACCAAUCUUCCUUUAAAGACAGAGAGAUCCUUCAUAUGUGCUGAUACUGCUGCUAUAAUUCAGGAGCCUGUAAAGCGCUUUCAAUCUUACAAAAACGAGAACGUCAUGUUUUCUGUGGAUGAGCUUUCAGAAGUAAAGAGAGUUUCAACUGGACAUCUUCGUCUUCUGGGCUUCAAGCCUUUGAGCUGUUUAAAGGAUUAUCAUAACCUGAAGCCAGCAACUUUUGUCUUUCCCAGUGACGAGGAAAUGAUUGGAAGCACUUGUCUUUUCGUUGCCCUCCACAGAUCAAUGGUGCGGCUUAAGCGCUUUGCAGUUACUUUUUAUGGGAAUUCAAGUCAUCCUCAAUUGGUUGCUCUUGUUGCACAAGAUGAAAUAACGACUCCUAGUGGUCAAGUCGAGCCACCAGGGAUGCAUCUCAUUUAUCUUCCAUAUUCUGACGAUAUCAGACAUGUUGAAGAGCUUCAUACUGAUCCAAAUUCCGUACCUCAUGCGACUGACGACCAGAUAAAGAAGGCCUCUGCUUUAGUGAGACGUAUUGACCUCAAAGAUUUUUCUGUGUGCCAAUUCGCCAAUCCUGCAUUGCAGAGACAUUAUGCAGUAUUACAAGCUCUUGCACUUGAUGAAGACGAGAUGCCUGAAAUGAAAGACGAGACUCUCCCCGAUGAAGAAGGGAUGGCCAGGCCUGGUAUUGUCAAAGCAUUGGAAGAAUUUAAGCUUUCUGUAUAUGGAGAGAACUAUGAGGAGGACGAUGCAAAAACUGAUGGAAAAGCUGAACCCUCUAGGAAACGGAAAGCAAAUGCUAUCAAAGAAUAUUCCAACUAUGACUGGUCUGACCUUGCAGAUAAUGGGAAGUUAAAGGAUUUAACAGUUGUAGAGCUGAAGUAUUACCUAGCUGCACAUAACAUUCCGGUCACCGGAAAGAAAGAAGCUUUGAUUAGUAGGAUCUUAACUCAUAUGGGUAAGUAAGUUGUAACUAUUCCAGAUCUUUGGCUGUUUGCCAUAAGUUUGUACAGUAUACACUCCUUUUUGUAGCUUGUUAAGUAGUUAAUCUUUCUGUCAGUUUGGGACUUGUACCUCUGGCAUUAUUUUGGAAAUUAAGUUUUGUUGGCAUCUGUUGCUGCAUGUACAUGAAAAAUUGUGGUGGCAUUGAUCGAAUAUGGAUGCCAAUGGG